AUGGCGGUGAACGCCUCAAGGCAGGCAAAGCAACCGUCCGACACCCGAGACAGAAGCUUUCGAUCAUCCAACGACGGUGUGACCUCCGUGAACCACACCAACGGUCAUGAAAAUAGCACGUUAGACAGAUCGUACCACAAAGUUACAAGUCUGAAAAUUACCCACAAUGCACUUGAUGAAAGCCUCCAGCCAUUUAAGACUGCGGUGACCGAGCAAUACUUUGACAUCUACCAGGAGAUUCUGGCAAGCUUCUCGGAAGCCAUGACCAACGCGUCCUUGAUCUUCUUUCUCUAUAGCGGAAGUCUGAUGGGCUCGUGGCGCCACCACAGUAUUGUUCCCUGGGAUGAUGAUGUGGACGUGGCAAUUUGGGACCAGGAGAAAGAGUUGGUGCUACAAGCUCUGAAUCGCCUCCAUCCCAACUUUUCUCUUGAUGUCUCCACUCAUUCGCGCUGGAAGUUCUACUCUGCUCGAUCGACCGCCAUCGACAGGGUAUCUUGGAAAUGGCCGUUUCUAGACAUCAGUUUCUAUCAAGAGAACAGCACCCAUGUGUGGGAUUGUGACCCAUCAUACAAGUCUUUUAUCUUUCCGAGGGAUGAUAUAUUUCCGUUGUACGACCGACCUUUCAUGGACAUGAUGCUGCCAGCGCCGAGAAACACUAAGACCGUGUUGGGUCUCACCUACAUCCUGAAGGACUGCACCACAGGCUGGUACGACCACCGCCAUGAGGUCGCCAAAGUGGAAAAGCAAGUGGCUGUACCUUGUGAGGACUUGCACCACGUCUUCCCCUUUGUCAACCGUCAGGCUCUGGGAGGCGGUCAGAAUGGUUGUAACGAGAGCCUUACCCUAAAUGGAACUGUACUGUCUUGGGUCGUGCUGGACUCUUCGCAAUGUUGA